CCGCGUGUGAGCAGGCCCCGCUUGUCAGUCAGACUUUUAACUGUGCACUGGCGCUCAUCACCGCUCGUCUCUGACCGCUGCUUGACAUCAAAAACAGACUGGUGACACUUUUAAACGACGGGGCUCCGCGGACACAGCGCUUAGGAUGAACCCCUGCUGAAGGGAAGAGGAGGAACCCCGACAUAGCGGAGAUUUCACGUUGUUAGCUUCGCCGUUACUCGGGGAGUUAAAGAUGCUCCGGUCCAGGGAUGCUCUGUUAGCCUCGCUCCUUCUUGUGGGCUGUGCAGCUUCACUGGAAGUGCAGAUCACCCCAACGCACGGUGAGAUCAGUCUCGGAGAGUCCAAAUUCUUCAUGUGUGAUGUUGGAGGUGUUGCCAAGCACAUAGACUGGUUUGGCCCAAGUGGGGACAGGAUAGAGCCAAACAGACCGGACCUGACGGUAACCCGUAACGAUGAGUCAUCCUCCACCCUCACGAUUUAUAAAGCUGGGACCGAAGACGCUGGGACAUACAAGUGCGUCGCCACCAACGGAGACCAGCAAGGAGAGGCAACCGUCCAAGUGAAAAUGUUCCAAAGACUCACUUUCACAAACGCUCCCUCUCCUCAAGAGUUUAACGAAGGAGACAACGCCAACAUAGUGUGUGAUGUUGUCAGCUCACCCCCUCCUACUGUGUUCUGGAAAUAUAAAGGCACCAAAAUACAGAUGGAGAAAGAUGUCCGUUUUAAGGUGCUCGACAAUAAUCACCUUCAAAUCCGUGGCAUAAAGAAGACAGACGAGGGCUUGUACAUGUGUGAAGCUCGCCUCAUGGCCCGCGGCGAGAUUGAUCUCCGUGCCAUCAAUGUUGUCGUAAACGUGCUUCCGACCAUCAGAAUAUGGCAAACAGAAGUGAACGCCACAGCAGAUGCUGAGCAUCCGGCCGUGCUGACGUGUGCCGUUGAUGGCUAUCCUGAACCCAUGGUGACCUGGACAAGAAACGGGGUCAAGCUGGAGGAUGAGGUCAAGUACGGUUUUAAUGACGACGGCUCAGAAAUGACGAUAAUGGAUGUUACCAAACUGGAUGAAGGAGAGUACACCUGCAUCGCCAAGAACAAGGCCGGGGAAAAUGAAAAGGAGCUCAGCCUGAGAGUGUUUGUCAAACCCAAGAUCACUUACAUUGUGAACAAGACCACAUCAGAGAUGGAGGAGGAAACGCUGACAUGCGAGGCGACUGGAGAUCCAACUCCUACCAUCAGCUGGAGCUACGGGGAGCACUUUUUCACCGAGGGCGAGCAGGCACAUCUAAACAGGAUCUAUCAGGCAUCAUGGACUCGGCCUGAGCAACACAAGAGCCUGGAUGGAAACGUAGUGGUCAGGAGUGACGCUCGCGUGUCCUCCCUCACCCUCAAGUACGUCAAGUACACAGACGCUGGUCAGUACCUCUGCACAGCUCGCAGUACCAUCGGAGAAGAUAAACAAGCCGUUUAUCUGGAGGUUCGCUAUGCUCCUAAGAUCCAUGGAACAGUAGCAGUGUACACCUGGGAGGGAAAUCCCGUCAAUAUCAGCUGUGAGGUGAGAGCGUAUCCCAGCGAUGUUUCCAUUGUGUGGCUGAGAGACGGACUGCAGCUUCCCAACUCAAACAGCACCAACGUCAAGAUCUUCAGAAGUCCCACCUCCAGCUACCUGCAGGUCACCCCCGAGUCUGAGAACGACUUUGGGAGCUACAACUGCACCGCCUCCAACGAGAUGGGAACAGAGUCCAAAGAGUUCCUGCUCAUCCAGGCCGAGGUUCCAUCAGCUCCAUUCAUCGAUGAAGUGAGGCCCUUCUCCACCACUGCACUGAUCCAGUUUGAAGAGCCUGAAUCCACCGGAGGUGUUCCGGUCCUGAAGUACAGAACCCAGUGGAGGGUUGAGGGCAGAGGGAGCUGGGUGACCAGAAUCCACGAGGUCCAAGAUGGCUUCGGCAACGAGCUGACGAUCACGGGCCUGAAGCCCGACACCAGCUACGAGGUGAAGUUGUCAGCCGCUAACGGUAAAGGUGAAGGAGAAAGCAGCUCCGCAGAACUCUUCAAGACGGCGCCCGUGCGGAAUCCCAACCCUCCUAAACUGGAAGGGUCCCUUCAGGCAACGGGAAACUCCCUCAAAGUCAGCUGGAUUGCGCAGGAUGACGGCGGCUCUCCCAUCCUCCACUACCUGGUUCGCUAUAAACCAAUCCAGGGCUCAGGGUGGAAACCAGAGAUCCGGAUGCCCAGUGGCAGCGAGCAUGUGGUUCUGCAGGGUUUGGAGUGGGACACUGAGUACAGUGUGUAUGUGGUGGCAGAGAACCAGAAGGGGAAGUCCCAGCCUGCCACCAUGUCCUUCAGGACGUCCUCAAAGCCAGAAGCCAUCCCAGAUUUGGGUGAAGAGGGAGUGCUCCCCAUGGGCACCAUGCUGUGGGCGGGGAUCCUUGUGGUGGUGUUUGUGCUCCUGCUGCUAGCUGUGGACGUCACAUGCUACUUUGUCAACAAAUGUGGCCUCAUCAUGUGCCUCUGUGGCAAAUCGGGCACGGGGACGAAGGGACACAACCUGGAGGAGGGAAAAGCAGCUUUUGUUAAAGAUGAGUCCAAAGAGCCGAUAGUGGAAGUCAGAACAGAGGACGAGUGCACAGCCAAUCACAAUGCAGCAGGACCCAUAGAACCCAAUGAAACGACUCCUCUCACAAAGCCAGAGCUGGUGGCUUCUCUGGCACUGGACACCCCCUCCUCUGUAGCCACCAACUCUGACACAGCCACCGCAACAAACGACCCUGGCCAGGAGAGCCCCUCUAGCGAGACCACUACCCUCACAUGCAGCCUGUCCACCCUGGCCAACGAACCCUCACCCACCCCUCUCGCUGCUCCGGCCCCGACCCCAGAGUCUAACGCGGCGCCGCCAGCACCGGUCAUCUCCUCCACCGCUGUAGAAGCUAAAAUGGCCCCCUUGCUUGAAGAAAGGGGUUAUAAAACACAGGAGGAGCAGGAGAAGAUAACCCCUCCUCGAACUCCCGAACAGCCUAGACCUCAAAAACCUGGAACGCCGAUCCCACCAAAACGCAAACACUCUCCAAAACUAGCAGCUAUGAAUGCUAAAAACAGCCCCCCAGUUUCCCCCCUUGCUGUGUCUUCUACAUCUUCCCCUUCUACUCCAGACAUGAAGACACCUGCUCCAAAUCCACCUGUCACUAGGCUACCUCCACAACCUAAUCCUAACCCAGAUUAUAACCCUGCUCCUGAUUCCUCCUCGCCUAGCUUUGCCGCCUUUGACACAGUCAAACCCACUGAGUCAUCGGCUGACAACAACAUACCCGCAACAAAACCCGUUAGAGGUGUUCCCUCAGAUGAUACCGGGGCUGCUGAAGAUCCAGAUGCUUCCUCGCUGUUACCGAUCACUCAGAUAGUUUCUGCAGUUUCCGACGAAGUCCCGACGCCAGCGCCAGACCUGUACGACAUAACGCCUGCAGACACAGAGCUCAAAAACGCUAAUUUAGAGUUGGAGCUGACAAACGGCACAGGAAGACACCCUCGACCCCUCUCAGAUCUGAUUAGCUUAGAGAGCCCGCCCGCAGACCCCUCCCAGCCCAGUGGAGACGGAACAGACCUCCCCCCCUCAGGCCCAGUUGUGGAGGCUUCAGAGACUCUGGUCAAGACCGCUCCUCCUGUCAACGAUGAGUACGGCUCCCUCUAGAGAAAGAUUUAUGCUGAUGAGAAAAGCAAACUGGAGGAGGGAGACUUACCACAUCCUCUGAUCUCUGCAGCACACAACAAUGUCAUUCAGACAAACGCCACAGAGAGCAAAGUAUGAUGGGCCGGGGCCACGCCACAGUGAAACUAAUCAAGAGUUUUUAUUUGUAGCGCUCCUAACAACACGGCAGUGUUGACUGGUUUAGAGUGCACCUCCACACCCAGGAAUUUAUUUGCAGCUCAUGAAGAGAUUUAUUUAAUUUUGUAUUCCUUGUUUGAUUUAACCAGUCAGGACGAUUAAUUAAGUGCAGUCUCUGCUUGGUAAAUAUAUAUAAAUAUAUAUAUAUGAAUCUUCUAUUGUGCGUAGUCUGAAUUGCAUUUGCGCACAACUGGAUAAUUAUCAGAAAUAUAGAUGUAAGGGGAAAAAAAGACUAUAUAUGAAAUUAUUUUUCUUAUUUUAAUGUUGUACUGUGCACAUUUGAAACUGUUUGCGUUCUUUUUUACGUUUGACUUUUGUGUGGGCUAGUCUCUUUCAAUAGCUUGUUCUGCAUGUCUGCCCUGCAAAUGGUUGUAAAGUUUAUAAAGGUUUAUCGUUCCACUUUGUCUGUUUGGGGGAUUUUUAAUCUGUAAAAAUAAAAAAAUCUGGAAAAGAAAAGAAAAGAAAAGAAAAGAAAAGGCCCAAGUCCUGUUUUGGGAAGAGAAGAAACAAAAGAUGCCACAGAAACCCCAAACGACACUGGAUAAGAGCUGGAUUAUUUUAGGAUUAAAUAUAUUCUGUCACUGCCUUACAUUAGUGCCGUUAAACCGAACUUUUGGUUGAAAAAGGAAGCUUCUUGAACACAAAUGGUCACAGAUGAGUAGAUACUGAGCCACGGGUCAGGAACACGCUGUCUGAGGGACGGCGGCUGUUUGUCGCCUUCACAUUUAUGCAGAUCCAAACACUCUGAAGUAAAAAUCUAAUAAAGGAAGCUUCUGAAAACAUUUUCUGUACUAUUUUAAACUGCACAGCUUUCUUUUCCAUUCCUGCCUGCCAGCUUGUGCGCCGUACCCGUGUGUCAGUAGAUCGUCUCGCCGUCAGCUCCUAUGAUAACCUGCAUAGCUUUGUUGUGAGGGAGCCUAUUUUUUAUUUGAUGUGUUAUUAGAACCAAAAGUACCAUAAAUGGACUGAUGUGGUCAUUCUAACAGGUGUAACGUAUAAAAUGUCUGUCUCUGAUCACAGCUCUGUAGUGAAGGAGGGCGUUGGAGCCUUGGUGUGAACUCAUCAUACGUGUUCCUAAAGGCAUGUCGGUGCGCCCGUGUUUGGGGGGGGGGGGGGGGGUUAUGUUGAUUUAAUGUGCCGAGAUUGUUCUGGAAUAAUUACACACGUUUUAUUUCUCUCCCCUGGUUGUUUUUCAAGUGUUCUGUAAUGUAGAUUUCAGUUUUUAUUUUUUUGUUUUUUUGUCUUUUUGUAUCACAACUCUCACGAGCAGCUGCCUGAUGAGUCCAGGAGUGGCUGACAGGAAGUGGGGUGGUCCACCUCCGACAGGAGAACUAACUUUUGUUUUUUACGAUUUAGAUAACAGGUGUCAUGUGAAAAGAACUGACUAUAGGUACGAAGUGUAAAAACUAAAAUGACCCAGACCCCCUGGCUCCCUCGUUGGUUGGUCCUUUUGUUUUUAUUGGGUCAGACUCAGAACAUCUGCUGUUACCGUCUGAGGAAAAACCCAUUUACUAAAUAAAAUGGUUUUCAAUCUAA